UUACAUGGAUUGUAACACCAUUUAACACCCUCUGCAGCUUCUUUUUAUGCCACUUUUUUUUAUAUCUAUAUUCUAUAUUAAACCCCUUUUUGGAUCUAUCCCCACGUACUCAUAUGCUCCAUGUUCACAGAGAGAGAAAGAGAGAUCUGAAAUGAUUCAAAGCUGAUGAUUCUUUCAUCUACAUGAACACCAGAUGUCAAGACUAUGAGUUGUACUCCAAUGAUCCCAAAGUAUGUGGUGUCAAGAAGCUGUUGAUUUGUUAUUCAGGUCAGUGAACAGUGAAAAGUAUCUCAAAGUAUGGUGUUGUUGUUGUUGUAUAUCUGACUGAAAAAAAGGACCACAAUGAUGCAUUGUUCACAUGUAUGUUACCAUCUUUCUUCAUGCUCAUCAUGUCUUUGAUUCAGUUUUCACUCACAAAAACACCUUUAAAAUCCCCAUUUUUUUUAAUAGAACUUUUGAUUCUUUGAACAUGAAUCAAGAACAUUUAUCUAACAACAUUUCUGGAGUGAUCUCAACCAUUGAUCCAAUGGUGAACCUCACCAUCAAGAUUUCAAACUCAUCAACUAACUCUCCAACUCUUAUUUCACCAGCAUCUUCAGCUUUUUAUUCAGCACUCCAGUCUCCUUACAUAUCUCCAAGAGCCACCAUAGAUGACUCAAAUCCACCAUCAUCCACCACCACCACAACCACCACCACCACCACACCUACCACACCACUAUCCUCUACCUCUGACGACAUUCCAAGCACUUCUUACAACUUUUCUGACCCCACAAAGCUCACAGUACCUCGUAUCUCAUUCUCAUUUCCUGUACCUCGGAUCUCUGUCACAAAAGGGUCUGUUUCACCAGCUUUGAGCUCCAAGUUAAGGAGUUGUGAUGUUUACUUAGGGUUUCAUGGUAAAAAUCCAAACUUGACAAGAUUCUGCAAGUGGGUCAGAUCAGAACUUGAACUUCAAGGCAUUGCUUGCUUUGUUGCAGACAGAUCAAACUAUGCAGAUACUCAAAGCCAUGAGGUUGCUGAUAGGGUCAUUUGUUCAGUCUCAUUUGGGGUUGUGGUGGUUACAAAGUACAGUCUUUUGAAUUAUCUUGUUAGUGAGGAAGUAAGGUUUUUUGGUCAGAAAAAGAAUUUGAUCCCAGUGUUGUUUGACACCAAUUUGAAUGAAGUUGCAGAUCUUCUAGAUGGUAAAAACUGCAAGGAAGCUAUUGAGUUGUUGAUGAAAUGUCAUGAGGUUGUUAAAGUGGAAGCAAAUGAGGGGAAUUGGAGGUGUUGUGUGGGUAAAACAGUAGGGAUCUUGAAGGGGAAAUUAGGGAGAAAAAGUGUUGCAGAUAAAGAAAGUGAGAAUCUUGAUGAAAUCCCAUUUUGUAAAAAUAGAUUUUUUGUUGGUAGAGAGAGAGAACUUGCAGAAAUUGAGAAUCUUUUCUUUGGAUCUGGUGAUGUUCAAGAAAAUGAAAGUAUGACUGAAGGAUUAGCAGAUGAGGAAGAUGAAGUUUUGAUGGGCCGAAAGUUGUUAAAAGGGUCGAAAUACAAGAAAGCGAAGAGUAGCGUUGUGUGCAUCAGUGGCGGAUCCGGAAUGGGGAAGACAGAGUUAGCAUUGGAAUUUGCUCAUAGGUAUUCACAGAGGUACAAAUUGGUUAUUUGGGUAGGUGGAGAAGGUGAGUAUUUAAGGCAGAAUUUACUGAAUUCGUCGUUAAUUAUCGGGGUAGAUGUAAGUGCAGAUGGUGAGAAAGAAAGAGGUCGGAUUAGGAGCUUUGAUGAACAAGAAACCGAAGCAUUCAAGCGGAUAAGACAAGAGUUGUUUCGCGAUAUGCCGUAUUUGUUGAUCAUAGAUAAUCUUGAAACCGAAAAUGAAUGGUGGGAAGGGAAGGAUUUGCAUGAUUUGAUACCGAGAAACACCGGGUCGACCCAUGUAAUUAUAACAACUAGACUUCCGAAAGUAAUGAGUUUUCGGACGAUGCAACUUCAACCUUUAACGCUAUCCGAUGCAUUGAUGUUAAUCACAGGGAGACGAAAGAAAGAAUACCCGGCUCAAGAGGUUGAAAUUCUUAAGAAAUUUGAUGAGAAAUUGGGUAGGUCGAGUUUCGGGUUAUGGGUAAUCGGUUCUUUGCUAUGUGAACUUACGAUAUUGCCCUCCGCUCUAUUUCAAGCCAUUAACCAGAUCCUUGUAGACGAAACGACGUCUCGAUUUGAUGAACCAUUUUGGGAAAACAAUUAUUUUCUCCUCAAAGUUUUGAUCUUUUGCAUUACACUUUUGAAUGGAACCAAGAAUCACCUUGCAUUAAGGAUGCUUCUAUCGGGCGUUUGGUUCGCUCCAUCGCCCGUUUCAUCAAACUUACUAGCUGCAGCCGCUAGCCACAUGAGCUCGCCCACAAACCGGUUCAAGAAAUGGGCCAAAAAGACCAACUUAACUCUCUUUUGUUGUUCCGGUUUCAUAAACAGCCAAUCACGGAAAACAGAACACGAGUCUGCUCUUCUUUUGGUCAAGCUAGGACUCGCAAGAAGAAGCAACACGCAACCCGGAUGCUGCAUCAUGUUCCACUCCAUAACCCAAGUUUUCGCCAAAAGAAAAGGACCGCUACUUGCCGCAAAAGCAACCAUCCAAAGCACAAGGAAGAUAGGAAACCAAAUCUUGAACAUAGACCAUCUUUGGGCGUCCGCUUUCCUAGUUUUCGGCUACAAAUCCGACCCACCGCUAGUCCAACUCAAGCCUCUUCAAAUGGUUCAAUAUAUCAAAAAAACAGCCCUCCCAUUAGCCAUCACAGCAUUCACCACAUUUUCCAGAUGCAACUCAGCAUUGGAGCUGUUGAAAAUCUGCACGAACGCGCUCGAAGAAGUGGAGAAGUCAUUUGUGUCUCAGAUAGAGGAUUGGUGUCAUGGAUCUUUAUGCUGGAAGAAGAAGAAGAAGAAAAAGUCAAACUUGAACCAGAAAACGGAUGAGUAUGUAUGGCAAGAUGUGACAUUAUUAAAGGCCACAUUGCUAGAGACGAGAGCUAAGUUGCUGUUGAGAGGUGGUUAUUUUGAUUAUGGUGAAGAGCUUUGUAGAACUUGUAUUAGUAUCAGGACAGUGAUGCUUGGGCAUAAUCAUGCUCAAACUUUGGCUGCUCAAGAAACUUUGUCUAAGUUGGUUCGUUUAAGGUGUAAAAUAUAAAUGUGGAUCAACUUUUCUAUA